CUUCCGGGGAGUAGAAGAGCUUUUUGAAUUUGUUUCUGGAGGCUGAAGCUUAUCGGAGUCCCUCGUUCUCUUCUCGGUUCACCGUGAGUCUCUGGGUAGAAAGAGGGCCUACCUCAGUCUUUUAGGCCUGGAAAGGUAAUCGACGCCGCGGACGCACUCCUGCCCGCAAGCCAGCCGGCGUCAGCCGCGGGAUCCGAAGAGGAAGCCAAGCACAGGGCAGUGUGGCCGGCCUGUGGCCGGCUCCACAGGCCGGUAGGAAGUGACCGUCCAGCCCUGGUUCCCUGGACCCAACGCUUUGACCCAUUACCUGCUGUACCAUGCUAUCUUGCAAUAUAUGUGGUGUAACAGUAACCUCAGAACCAGACAUGAAGGCUCACCUCCUAAUUGUUCACAUGGAAAAUGAAGUUACAUGUCCAUUUUGCAAGUUGUCAGGUGUGAAUUAUGAUGAAAUGUGUUUUCAUAUUGAAACUGCUCAUUUUGAGCAAAAUGAACUAGAAAAAAACUUUGAGAGGAUUAAUACAAUACAGUAUGGAACUUCCAAUAGCAGGAAGGACAGCACCCUACAGUGUAGAAUGGAAGUUAAUUCAAGUAUUCAUUCAGCUUGUGCAUCUAAUCAUCCGAAAAUUUCAGCUCAAGGCCCGCCUAACAGUGGUAUUUUAAAACAUAAAGGCUUUUAUUCAGAGAACUUAACUGAAUCUAGAAAAUUCCUGAAAAGUAAGGAAAAACAGUCUGACCGAACCAAAAUUAAAGGAUCAAUUUAUGAAGCAAUGUAUAGUCCUCCUGAAUGUCCAUUCUGUGGAAAAAUAGAAGGUUGUAGUCAAGAUAUGGAAACUCAUGUGAAAACAGAGCAUGCUGAUCUUUUAGACACUCCAUUAGAAGAUUGUAAUCAACCACUCUAUGACUGCCCUAUAUGUGGGCUCAUCUGUACAAAUUACCAUAUUCUCCAGGAACAUGUUGACUUGCAUUUGGAAGAAAGCAGCUUUGGACAAGGUAUGGAUAGAGUCCAGUGUUCUAGAGAUCUAGAAUUGGCUCAACAGCUUCAACAAGAAGAAGACAGAAAGAGGAGAUCUGAAGAAUCAAGACAAGAAAUGGAAGAAUUUCAGAAGCUGCAGAGACAGUAUGGUUUAAAUAAUUCUGGAGGGUACAAACAACAGCAGCUACGAAAUAUGGAGAUAGAAGUAAAUAGGGGAAGAAUGCAUCCAUCUGAAUUUCAUAGAAGAAAAGCUGAUAUGAUGGAAUCACUAGCUAUUGGUAUUGAUGAUGAAAAAACAAAAACUUCUGGAAUUAUGGAAGCACUUUAUAGGUAUUAUCAGAAUGCUGCCACAGAUGUGAGGCGUGUGUGGCUUUCUACAGUAGUGGAUCACUUUCAUUCAUCUUUUGGUGACAAAGGUUGGGGUUGUGGUUACAGAAAUUUCCAAAUGCUGCUUUCAUCAUUAUUGCAAAAUGAUGCAUAUGAUGAUUGCUUGAAAGGCAUGUCAGUUCCUUGCAUUCCAAAAAUACAGUCUAUGAUUGAAGAUGCAUGGAAGGAAGGUUUUGAUCCCCAGGGUGCCUCUCAACUUAAUAACAGGUUACAGGGAACAAAGGCCUGGAUUGGAGCAUGUGAAGUAUAUACACUUCUGACCUCCCUAAGGAUAAAGUGUCGUAUUGUUGACUUUCACAAGUCAACUGGCCCGUUGGGUACACACCCUCGCUUAUUCGAAUGGAUAUUGAGCUACUAUUCUUCAGAGAGAGAAGGGAGUCCAAAAGUAGUGUGUACAUCUAAACCUCCUAUCUAUCUUCAGUAUCAAGGUCAUAGUCAAACAGUUGUUGGAAUUGAAGAGAGAAAAAACCGAACAUUAUGUCUACUAGUAUUUGAUCCUGGAUGUCCUUCUCGAGAAAUGCAGAAACUCUUAAAACAAGACACGGAAGCUAGCAGUGUCAAGCAACUUCGGAAAUUUGUGGGGAAUUUAAAACAUAAGCAGUACCAGAUAGUGGCAGUAGAGGGUGUUCUUUCUUCAGAGGAGAAAAUUGCCAGGAGACAAGCUUCUCAAGUCUUUACAGCCGAGAAGAUCCCUUGAAGAAGUAAGCAUUUCAGUGAUUGUGGAAUUUUACUUUAUUUUCCAAAUUCAGAUAUUAAACUUUUAAUACAACGUAUGAAUCUCUGAAUUCUCUAAAUACUCCAUUUAUAAUUUAAUUUCUAAAAUUCUAAAUUAUACCUUUAGUACUCCAUUGUUUAGUAGUUAUUCCAAUAAAAUAUCUU